GACAAGUUAUGUAGCUGCUACGUCAAUCAUGUUUUGCUGAAAAUGUUUAUAAGUGGUGAGUUUCAGGAUCCUAAUUCAGUUUUCGUAUUCAUCUCCAGAAUCAGAACCAAAAUGAAGGUAUUCACCACAGUCUGUCUGUUCGUCCUGGUGAGCGUGGUGGCAGCGGCCCCAGCAGAGACCUACCCCGACAAAUAUAGCGCUGAAGAUGUCCAGGAGAUCCUCAAUAAUCGCAGGCUGCUGCUUCCAUACAUCAAGUGUGCUCUGGACCAGGGCAAGUGCUCGGCCGAUGCCAAAGAGAUGAAAGAACGCCUAAGGGAGGCUCUGGAGACUGAGUGCAGUAAAUGCUCCCCAAAACAGAAGGAAAUUGGCGGCAUCGUCUUCAAACACAUCAUCAACAAUGAGAAGGACUACUGGAACCAGCUCGUUGACAAGUACGACCCUGAAAAGAGAUACGCACCUAUAUACGAGGAGAAGUACCUUGUUCAGUAAAAGUCUAAACUACGAGCGGAGUAAGGAAAAGUAGGGUACCUAUCAUUGAUUUUUUUUUUCACCUGGUAAAAGCCACUUUGUCGUAAGACUUAUAUGAUUUCUUUUUGAUUUUGUUUUUGUUUUUGGCCUUGACUGGGACAGUUCUUUUGCAUGGAAUACAAGGUCUUUAUGGAAAAUGAAAAAAUUGUAUUCACCAAAAAAGCGAUAUCUGACGAGCUGAAAACUUUUUUCUCUUAAUGAUUCUAGUCUAGACCUAGUUUAAGAUGGUUUAAAAAUCAUGCAUGUUUUCAGUUAGUAGAAUUCUACUACAUCUAAAUAUCCUUAUUUAGAUAUAGUAGAAUACUACUAACUUGUCUUUAUACAUAAGAUAUCCUUGUCUUUAUAAUAAUAUAUGUUGUCCAUUUAUUAUUUUCUGCCUUAUUGCCCGUGGCUGUGACAUGAUUAUUUUAAUCCCAAUAAUGUUUAUUAUUUAAUUUUGUACUUGUUUUAAUAUGUAGUUUCUUGCAGUUUUUAUUCGAACAAUAUAGUAUUUGUGAAAUAUU